CAAAAUCAAAUUAUUAUUUUUAUCUUAUUUACUAUAUUAAUUAUCCUAUCCUAACCUAUCCUAUCCCUCUUUGCUUUGCUUUAAUUACUUUCAAUUAUUCUCAAAUUUGAGAUUUGUGUUCUUUGUUGUAGUUCUAUCUGUAACAAUAUCGUGAGUAAAAAUUAAGGUCCAGUUGACAAUCUGAGCCAGAUUUUUCAAAUUAUUUCACUUUUUUUUUUAAUCAUUAAAAAUGACUAUCCAACUAGAGGGAAAAAAAAUCCAAGACCAAGACCAAUUUAUGGUGCCUCAAACAAAUGCAUUUGGACAUGAUUUUAGGGACUACAACAAUGCACAAAGUGAAAGGCAAAAAGGGGUAGAAAAAUUCUACAAAACACAACAUAUAAAUCAAACCUAUGAUUUUGUGAAGAAAAUGAGAGAAGAUUACAUAAAAUUAGACAAAGCAAAAAUGAGCAUAUGGGAAUGUUGUGAAUUAUUAAAUGAUGUUGUUGAUGAUAGUGAUCCUGAUUUAGAUGAACCACAAAUUCAACAUUUAUUACAAAGUGCUGAGGCAAUUAGAAAAGAUUAUCCUAAUGAAGAUUGGUUACACUUAACAGCCUUAAUUCAUGAUUUGGGUAAAAUAUUAGUUUUACCUAAGUUUGGUGGUUUACCUCAAUGGGCUGUUGUUGGUGACACAUUCCCUUUAGGAUGUGCAUUUGAUGAAUCAAAUAUUCAUCAUAAAUAUUUUAAAGAAAAUCAAGAUUUCAACAACCCAAUUUAUAACACAAAAAAUGGAAUAUAUAAUGAUUCUAUUGGACUAGAAAAUGUCAUGAUGUCAUGGGGUCAUGAUGAUUAUAUGUACAUGGUUGCUAAAGAAAAUGGUACAACAUUACCAUCAGCUGGACUUUUUAUUAUAAGGUAUCAUUCAUUUUAUCCAUUGCAUAAAAAUGGAGGUUAUAAACAUUUAAUGAAUGAUGAAGAUGAAGAAAAUUUGAAGUGGCUUCAUGUUUUUAAUAAAUAUGAUUUGUAUAGUAAAAGCAAAGUUCAUGUUAAUGUGGAAGAAGUAAAACCUUAUUAUAUGUCUUUAAUUGAGAAAUAUUUUCCAGCAAAGCUAAGGUGGUGAAAAGGAGGUGAUAUAUAUAUGAAGUUAUGAACAAAUUAUUUUUUACUAUAUGGUAGAUAUAAUUUGUGAGAUGUGGAUUAGGUUGUAUAAUAUAUAGUUUGUACUAUUGGAGUAAUUAUAAUUUAUUAUCAAGGAGUGUUUAAUAGUCUCUAUGGGAAUGGAAUGGGAAAAUUGUAAUAUAAAUACCCAUUAUUUCCCUAAGAGAUUGAACAUGUACAUAAUUAAUAAUGAUAUUAAUAAAAUGAUAUUUAAUAUUUAUUAUA